AUGGACACAUUCCGCUUCCGUCUGAACUGCAUCGACAACUACCAAGCCACGCCAACAGACCUUGAUCCGGUCCUCCGACGCAAUGCAGGGCCGACAAAGCGUCAAGAUGCGCCUCAAGUGCCCAUAAUCAGAGCCUUUGGCGCAACCGAGACCGGGCAGAAGGUGUGCGCGCAUAUCCAUGGAGCGCUACCUUAUCUGUACUUGGAGUACAACGGCAGCUUGGAAAAGGAAGUCGGUGUGCCCUUCUUUGGAUACAGCGUUGGGUACAAGAUAUUUCUGAAAGUGUACAUGCUGAACCCAGUACACAUGACACGCUUCGCCGAUCUGCUGCAUUCGGGCGCCAUCAUGGACCGCGUCUUCCAACCCUAUGAGAGCCAUCUACAGUAUCUGCUGCAAUGGAUGUGCGAUUAUAACUUGUACGGAUGCGACUACAUCGAUUGCGCUAAAGUGCUCUUUCGUGGUCCCGUCCCUGAUAGCGAUGAGGUCGAUACUUCUGUCCACAAGUGGCACGAUGCCUCAAUCCCAGACGAGUUCAUGGCUGAAGAGGGCCAGUAUCCGCGCCAAAGUCACUGCACCCUUGAAGUCGAUAUAUGUGUCCAAGACAUACUAAAUAGACACGAGCUACAAUAUCGACCAAUCCACCACGACUUCCUCGAGCGGUCGAGCCAAAUGCUCCGGAACCCUGACGACAAAUAUGUGCCGUCCAUGGCUGGCUUGUGGAGAGACGAGACCCGCCGCCGUAAGAUGCGCAUGGGGCUCACUGAUCCCUCCAGUAGCCCUUUCCCAGCCGAGGUCAUGGUGUCUAUGUCUGCUGACCCUAGAAAUAAGGACAAGGGAGGCUGGAUCCACGAGGAAGAAUAUCGAGAAUUAGUGGCAAAACUCAUUGAGCAAGAGAAGCAACACAAGACCGAUGUAAAUUUCGAUACUUUUGUGGAGCCUGUCGAAGGUGAGGAAAGUAUAAGGACUGCUGUGGAAAGCAUUGAAGAUUUAUACCCUGGAAAUCUCGUCUCUCAGCAGUUCCCCGACGAUAGGAAAGAACCACUAUCAAGGGUGCUCCAUGGACAGGGGCUGGAGCCGAUGGCGCCUACUGUAGAGGAUGACACUUAUCCACUGCAAGAGGAAAUUGUCGUCGAAGAUCCGCAGAUUGAGGAUGAGGCAGACACAGCAGCUCAAUCCGAUACCGAAGAGCAGCAAUCGCUUGAUCCGUUAACGGUAUCUCUGCUCCAAGGAGUAGGAGACACUUCUGAUGAUAUGGUCGACGAGGGCAUUGACCUCGUUGACCCGAGUGAAGAUGGGUAUGCUGACAGCUCCGAUGGAAUCAACAACGUGCGCAAACGCUCGCCUGAAGGUGACCCUGAGACAUCAUCUAAGCGCCAACGGAUCAUGGCAGACACACAAGCUAGUUCAAGACGUGUAUCGUUCCGCAACGCCAUCAAUAAUGAGAUUUCUCGUUCCUCAGACAGUGCCGACAAUAAUGGACCUCCACGACCAGGUCAAUCUUCACAAGCAAGUAUCAAGGCCCACGGCUUCAGGGGACCGAGCACUUUUUCGUUUCCUGUCGUCAAAAAUCCAGGUGACCCAGAGACAGUCCUCCGCCUAAAAGUUGUAGAGAGCACCAUGAUCCACGCCGGUCUACCUCCAGUCAUAUAUCAGGACGCACACUAUAGCGAUGAGAAGGACGUCCCCGACCGAGCAAGAGAGUAUGCUGGUCGUGAAUUCAAGCUCCAAAGCAUUUCAUUACCCUACCUGCCGCCGUUUGAUCCCGUUGGUAUUUCUGCUGCCAACACUGGAGAUUAUCCCCCAAUGGUACUUGACAAGGCCAAGGAAGCAGUCAAGCACAGGACUAGAUCACAUAGAUGCGGACUACGCCACUGGGAGAUCGCAAAAUCUCCACCAUCUUACAAGGACGUUGCGACUUGGACGCAGGAAGAGACCAAUGUUGGCGAACGGUCCAGGGCGGCAACAAAGGAACAACCGAAGCAAGCAGCCAGACCGUCGCGUAAGCGAGAAGUACCCGAAUACCUCUCUCAGAUCGAUGGUCCGACACAGAAAAACAAGCAUGGCUUCAAAUACUCUCAAAACAAGAAAUUAACCACCGUAAAGCACGAAACCCAGUACAUGAGCAUCAUGAGUCUGGAAGUGCAUGUCAACUCAAGAGGUUCACUAGUGCCAGAUCCAGCUGAGGAUGAAAUACAGUGCAUAUUCUACAGCAUUCAAGGAGAAGAGAAUGCUACUACCGACCGACCAAGACUUGGAAUACUGUGUCUCUCAACAGACGACGGCAUUGUCGAGCGCAUUGCCAAGCAAUCUUCUGUAGACGUGGAACAUGAAGAAGACGAGCUUGAUCUCAUCAAUCGCAUCGUGGACAUUGUCCGUCAGUUCGAUCCGGACAUCCUUGCGGGUUAUGAGGUACACAAUAGCUCGUGGGGUUACUUGAUCGAGCGCGCCCGAAUGAAGUAUGAAUACAAUCUAUGCGAUGAGAUCAGCAGGAUGAAGUCACAAUCUCACGGGAGAUUCGGCAAGGAAGCUGAUCGCUGGGGCUUCACGCAUACAUCCACCAUCCGAAUUACUGGUCGCCACAUGAUCAAUAUCUGGAGAGCCAUGCGCGGAGAACUGAACCUGCUUCAGUACACUAUGGAGAAUGUCGUGUUCCAUCUCCUCCAUAGGCGAAUACCGCAUUACCAGCAUUCAGAUCUGACUGGUUGGUACAGGAGCUCCAAACCAAGAGAGCUUGCAAAAGUCCUGGACCACUUUCUCACCCGUGUACAGCUCAAUCUUGACAUCCUGGAGGCCAAUGAGAUUGUGCCUCGCACAAGCGAGCAAGCCCGACUUCUCGGUGUGGAUUUCUUUGCUGUCAUAUCUCGUGGCUCUCAAUUCAAGGUGGAAUCUACAAUGUUUCGCAUCGCCAAGCCAGAGAACUUCAUCUUGAUAUCUCCCAGUCGAAAGCAGGUUGGACAACAAAAUGCUCUUGAGUGCUUACCCUUGGUCAUGGAGCCCCAGAGCGCUUUCUAUUCAAGUCCUCUAUUAGUGCUCGACUUUCAGUCUCUCUACCCAAGUGUCAUGAUUGCGUACAACUACUGUUACUCGACCUGCCUUGGCCGGAUUGUCAGCUGGCGAGGACGCAAUAAGAUGGGGUUCAUGGACUUCAAGCGUGAACCGCAGCUACUAGAGCUUGUCAAAGACUAUAUCAACAUCGCGCCUAACGGUAUGAUGUACGUCAAGCCAGAGAUGCGAAAAUCCUUACUUGCAAAGAUGCUGGGCGAGAUUCUUGAGACACGUGUAAUGAUCAAGAGCGGGAUGAAGCAGGACAAGGAUGACAAGACGCUGCAACAGCUGCUAAACAACAGACAGUUGGCGCUGAAGCUAUUAGCCAACGUCACCUACGGCUAUGCAUCUGCCUCUUUCUCUGGACGCAUGCCCUGCUCCGAGAUCGCAGACAGUAUCGUUCAAACCGGUCGCGAGACGCUCGAAAAGGCCAUCGCAUUAAUUCACGCUACCGAGAAAUGGGGUGCCGAAGUUGUGUAUGGAGAUACAGAUUCGCUGUUCAUCUACCUCAAAGGUCGCACACGCGAUCAAGCGUUCACCAUCGGCGAGGAAAUUGCCGCAGCCGUUACAGCUGCCAACCCUCGUCCUAUCAAGCUAAAGUUCGAGAAGGUGUACCAUCCUUGCGUUUUGCUAGCAAAGAAGCGCUAUGUCGGGUUCAAGUACGAGCAUCGUAAUCAGACAGAACCAGAUUUUGAUGCAAAGGGUAUCGAAACGGUACGACGAGAUGGUACACCUGCUGAACAGAAGAUUGAGGAGAGGGCGCUGAAAAUUCUGUUCCGCACAGCUGACCUCAGCCAAGUCAAGUCGUAUUUUCAAGAGCAAUGCAUGAAGAUUAUGCAAGGCCGCAUAUCCAUCCAAGACUUUCUCUUCGCCAAAGAAGUCAAACUGGGCACCUACAGCGAUCGCGGUCCACCCCCGCCCGGGGCUCUCAUUGCUACCAAACGCAUGCUUGCAGAUCCACGUACAGAGCCUCAGUACGGCGAGCGCGUCCCCUACAUAGUCAUCACUGGUGCUCCUGGUGCACGCUUGAUCGACCGCUGCAACGACCAUCUUGAGCUCGACGCAGAAUACUACAUCAGCAAGAACCUCAUCCCACCACUGGAGCGUAUCUUCAACCUCGUAGGUGCAAACGUGCGCCAAUGGUUUGACGAAAUGCCUAAGGUUCAGCGUAUCCGUAACGUUACACUUCCACUCAACACAAAGUCCGACACUGGCAAUGCACUCAUUGGUGGAAACAAUACCGGAAAGACUUUGGAAAGCUACAUGAAAUCUUCUUCCUGCCUUGUAUGCCGCGCAAAACUUCCACCAACACCACAGCACAUUCCAGGCGUCGAGUUGGAUGCUUUCGCCUUGCUUCCGCUAUGUCCGAGGUGUCUUAAGCGCCCUGCCCGCUCACUGUAUAUGCUCAGAGACCUCGUACGUAGCACGGAGAUCAAAGCUCGAGAUGUCGAUCUGGUAUGCAGAGACUGCUCGGGAUUAGCCUGGGGCGAGGAGAUUCGCUGCGACAGUCGCGAUUGUCCCGUUUUUUACACAAGGAUCAAGGAGAGGAGUAAGUUGAAUGGAUUGAAAGAGAGCGUAGGAAGAGUUGUGGAAAUUAUCGAGAAGCAUGAGCAGCAGGUGUUUGAAAAGGAGAUAGCACAGGAAGAGAUUAUGGUGCCUCAGGAACAUGGAGGGACAGGGAGUAUUGCGAGCGAAGAAAUCGCUUGGUAA